AUGCCCUACACAAACCUCACCCUCUCGCGCAUCCCUAACCCGUCUACCUCACCGACAGCAAAGGGCGAUCCGCAAAUAUAUCUGAUUACUCUACGAAAGGCUCCUGAGAAUCGCAUUUCCACCAUAUUCGCGCAAGAGAUUAUCCGCGCAUUGCGAGAUGUGGAGCGUAUGGUUGAAGCAGCGGGUAAGGAUGAACAGGGAGGCGGUGUUGGGGCAGCGGUGAUUAUACGGGGGGAGGGGGACAAGUUUUGGAGUACGCUCUUACAUACACUCCUUGAUUAUCCAUUUCCAACAAUAGCACUGCUGAAUGGACAUACAUUUGGUGGUGCGUGUCCACUAGCCCUUGCACAUGAUUAUCGGGUCAUGAACUCUCGCCGUGGGUUUUUUUCCAUGCCACCCGUCAACAUUGGCGUCCACUUUCCUGGAAUCGGAUAUUUAGCACGUCUGAAACUCCGUCCCGAAAUUGCGCGAGAGAUGCUUCUAGAAGCACAUAAAUGGACAGGUAAGGGAGCUCUGGAGGAUGGGAUUGUAGAUCAAAUAGCUGAACCGGAAGAUAUGCUGGAUGCCGCAAUUGAAAUUGCGCGAAAAUGGGCACCCAAGGCGAAGAUGGGAGUGUAUGCCGUGUUACGGCAAGAAUUAUGGGGCGAAGCUGCUCGUAUCUUCCAGAGCAUCAGCUACGUCCAUCACCGCAGGACUGUUUUGCCUCCCAAGGUGAAAAUCUAA